UCCAGGGUCCUGAUGUCCAGCCGGGAUUUCAUCAUGUCCUGGUGGAGGCCGUUUGCAGCAACUCUGCCGUCUCCAUCCUGCCGCCACACGCGUGGGAGGAUCAUGAGGACCCGCUGGUCCCUCAUCCACGGAGACUACGUGUCCAUCAGGGAGACUACGUGUCCAUCAGGGAGACGGCGCUGAAAGCCCGAGGCUGAUGCUCAGACCCAGGACUCUGUGGUGGCGGUAUGCACCUUAAAGUUGUUUGUGACCCGCCAAUUAAACAGAGAAGAGACAGAACUUUCCGUAGAACCGUGAGCUCCGCCGGAACUCCAGAUUGUAACACCCGGCGGAAGAGCGGAGGUUUUGAGCGAACGGAACACGUGAGCAGUGAUUCCUUUGAGCUGGUUCUGUUGUUUCCUUUCUUUUUCCUCUUCAACAAUGUCUAAGGUGAAUCAUCUGAGAGAGUUUCUCUUUCAGCGACUAACAGCAGCUGCUGUAGAAAUAUUCUCCGAGUUUGAAAAAACCAUGUUGGAGUUUGAAGAAGAGCUGGACCGUCAGCGCAGACUGUUGGACCUCGCCCUGAAACCUGAAAUCAGACUCCACAGAGUCGACCUCCCGCAAGAAAAUGUUUGUAAGGUGGAGGAGGGCGGGGUUUUCAGUGGCCAGCACCUGGAUAACCUGGAGAGGAGCUGCAGCCCGGACCAGGAGGAACCAGGCCAUCCACAGACUACAGAACUGGAGGAAGACUCCAGCGGCCAGGAGAUGAAGCAGGAGGACGUAGAGGUGGAUGUCUCAUUGGUCAAUGUCGCUGAUGUGAAAGUUGAAAAUAAUGAACCAGGACCAAACUGUGGCCAGCUGCUGUUGCACACUUCUCCUGAAGCUCAAUACAAAGAUGAGGAAGGGACUGAAAGUUUACGCUCAGACUCACAUGAGCAAAUGCCAGCAGCUCCAACUCUGCCAGUAUCCCUACCACCACCAGAUCGAGCUCAGGUGCAGUACCAGGACGUUCAUCACGUUGCUGGUAAAAGGCGUGGUGAGAAGCGGAGGAUAGAUGGUGAGGAACCGGAGCUGGUGAACAGGCCCAUUCAGCCUAAGCCUGCUGCUGCGGCCAAGCCCAUAGCGCCCAGAGUGUCCCCAGCCCCCGUACUCCUGGUGGUUCCUGCACAACCACAGGCUCCCUCCAUGCGUCUUCACACUUCAGGCCUCAUACCUGUAGCACCACCCCUUGCACAGCCAUCCAACCCAGUCAUGCCUCGCAAAUCCUCAAAGCCAUGUGGGGCCUGCAAAGUACCUCAGUGUGGUGGGCAGCGUAAGAGGUACACACCCUCCAAGGACAAAGCCGAAGGAAGCAGCCAGAAAAUCUUCACCUUCUGCCCGGCAACAAAGAAAUCAACCACUUCUGGUUUUGAUGGUGUUGUCUAUAACAGUUUUCAGCACUUUAAAAAUGUGGUUGAUGAGGAAUUAAGGAAGAGGAAACUCUUAUGA